GGAACAGUGUGCUCCAACAGAAAUAAUAUGCCAAAAGAUUUUUCUAACGUAAAAUUAAAAAAGGGUGAAUAUAGAAUGAGGAACUGCAAUGGAAUACUGGCAUUGAAAUGAAAAGAUAAACGAGACGUUUAUAUUCUUUCUUCAAAACGUAAAACAGCAGAAAUGACUGAACCAGACAAAAGUUGAUUCAAUUGUACUUUGAAAUCAAAAUGUGUCAUUGAGUAUAAUAAAGGAAUGAUUGGAAUUGAUCGGCAAGAUCAAAUGUUAGCAUGCUUCCCUGUGAUGAGGAAAUGUAUGGAAGAAUACCACCGAAAAGUUUUCUUUUACCUCUUUGAUACUGCUUUGUUCAACUCGUACAUUUUAUUCAACAAAAUAAAUACUAAGAAAAAACAGACUUACGCUGAAUAUAGAAUUGAAAUAGCCGAAUCAUUACUAAAAAAUAUACCGUUACCAGAGCAUAAACGAAGAGGACGAUUAUCGAUGGGAGAUUUACCAGAGAGACUGCAUGCGAAAUAUUGGAGUUAUUUUCCAAAGCACCUAGACCCAACAAUAUCGAAAUCAAGGCCAGCAAGAGCCUGUAAAGUUUACACAAAACAUAAAAAACGUAGCGAAAGAACGUGGAAGGGCAAAAUAUAUAAAAUUCCAUUACAUGUACCAAUAUGCUUCGAAAUAUACCACACGAUUGAAGUUGUACCUUAGUCAUCAGAAGAACGG